UUUCUUGGCACUCCGCUGCGACAUCCAUCUUGGUCCUUUUGUCAUAUAUGCCAACAUUUUGGGUCAUCAUCAUCGCCAACUGGGUGCGCGCGCGCUCACGACAGGUCACCAUUCGGGGUUCGUACCAGGGUUCGGACCGCCAGCCAGCCAUGAGGAACGGUGAACCCCCCGAGAUGUCGACCACCACGAGCUCCUACGAGACGGCACUUACCACAACAUCCAGAAACCGCGACAAAGAGUCCGCCAAAGAGCAAGCCAGAGUGGACAGUGCCCGCGGAUCUUUGCCUUCGGCAGCGUUGGCUCCGGUUUCCGAGACCAUGCCCGAAUGGCUCGAGUCGCCGGACCCGGGUUCUGACCAGGCCGAGGAGUCAACCGGCGGUGCGACCACCGAGUGCUCGCCUGCCGUCAAGGUGCCGAGCGACCAGUGGUUACCGCGUCGCCUUUCGCAGCUGGGAAUACCGUACGUACCGCGAACGGGCGAGAAAACGUCCACUGAACCUACUCGGGAACCUUCUAAGCAGACGUCUGGGGAACAUUUCGUGAAGCUUUCCGGAGGACCUACGAAGGAACCUUCUAAGAAACAUUCGAGGGAACCAUCCGAGGGACCUUCCAACGAACCGUCUAAGGUGACUGCCAAGGAGACUUUGAAGCAACCAUGUGAGGAUCCAACCCGGAAGUUUUCGAAGCAGCGUUCCAAAGAAUGUUCCAAAAGUUCACCUCAAGGACAUUCUGAGACGCCCGCUCGGAAGCUUUCUAAAACAACUUCCAAGGAACAGUCCGACGGACCAUACAAGGAAAUUUCAAAGGAACCUUCCGGGCAAACGUCCUGCGGAGCUUCGAGAAAAAGUUUGGUGGAGCCUUUUAAGAAGUCUUUCGAAGCAGCUUUCAAGAAAUCUUCCCAGCGAGGUUCGAAGGAACAUUGCAAGGAGCCAUUCGUGGAACUGUUCGAGAGACCAUCCACGGAACCUUCAAAGGCAGCCUCUAGGGACCCCCCUGCAAAAUCUGUAGAAUCAUUCGCACGAGCUACCGCGGAACCCGCCGCGGAACGAACAGGCAAGGGUGCUAAACUUGCAGUUCUUGCUAUCAUAGUCGUCGUCGUUCCACACUGUUCCACACCGUAG